UCUUUCCUAACCAACUGUUUUUCUAAGGAUGUCUGCAAAUGUGAAUAUUAAUGCUGGCAUAAGUGAAUAAACACUUUUCUGGGGUGUAUAAAAAGAAGACUUUUUUUUUAACCUCCUGAGUAGGGGAACACAACAUUUCAGCAGAUACAGCUAUGUCUGGUAAAGAACUUACAAAGGUCCCAAAUGGACAGGACAGACCAAAAUGGGAUAACAAAAUCCAGUAUCUUUUGACAUGUAUUGGAUUUGCAGUGGGCUUGGGAAAUGUAUGGCGAUUUCCAUAUUUAUGCCAAACAUAUGGAGGAGGUGCUUUCUUAAUUCCAUAUUUCAUAGCUCUAGUAUUGGAAGGAAUACCUUUAUUCCACCUUGAACUUGCAAUUGGACAACGAUUAAGGAGAGGAAGUAUUGGAGCAUGGAACACAAUUUCACCAUACUUGGGAGGCGUUGGUAUUGCUUCAUUGCUUGUGUCCUUUCUGGUGGGAGUGUAUUAUAACACUAUUAUAGCAUGGAUUUUAUGGUAUUUCUUCAAUUCUUUUCAAAAUCCACUUCCAUGGAGCUACUGCCCUACAACAGAUUACAAUAACACAGGUGCGUAUGAAGAGUGUAGUAAAAGUAGCGCAGUUAACUAUUAUUGGUACAGAAAAACAUUAAAUAUAACCACAACUAUCAAUGAAAAUGGAGAUUUGCAAUGGUGGAUGGUGAUUUCUCUAGCAGCAGCAUGGAGCGCCGUAUAUCUGUGCACUAUAAGAGGGAUUCAAUCUACAGGAAAGGCAGUAUACAUUACUGCUACAUUCCCUUACAUUGUUCUAACAAUAUUUCUCAUUCGUGGUUUAACAUUACCUGGUGCAAUUGAUGGACUGAGGUAUCUUUUUACUCCAGAUAUGGAAAUUUUAUUAAACCCAAAAGUAUGGCUGGAUGCUGCAACUCAGAUUUUCUACUCUCUUUCACUGGGCUUUGGAGGAUUGAUAGCGUUUUCAAGUUACAACCCAGAGAAGAAUGACUGCGAAAAAGAUGCUGUAUCAAUAGCUGUCAUCAACAGUGUGUCAUCAUUAUAUGCUUCUAUUCCAAUAUUUUGCAUUUUGGGAUUUAAAGCAAAACAUGCUUACUGGGACUGUUUGGACAGAAAUAUUAUUUCCCUAUUAAAUGAGUUUGAUAUAAGUGAGUGGAACAUUACAAGAAAUAACUACAUUGAGGUUUCUCAUAGUCUCAAUGCUACCUACCCUGAAAGAAUUAAUCAUCUUAUGUUAAAAGAAUGUACUCUUCAAGAAUUUUUGGAUCAGAGUGCUUCUGGUACUGGUUUGGCAUUUAUUGUUUUUACGGAAGCAAUUAUUCAAAUGCCAGGAUCCCAAGUGUGGGCUAUUCUCUUCUUCAUAAUGUUGUUUACCCUUGGACUGUCUUCAAUGUUUGGAAACGUUGAAGGAGUAUUGACACCUAUAUUAGAUCUUAAAAUAUUUCCAAAGUCUGUUCCAGUAGAGGCUAUAUCAGGGUUAAUUUGCUUGAUAUCCUUUUUGUUCUCUCUUAUUUUUACAAUGGGAUCCGGAAAUUAUUGGCUUCAAAUUUUUGACACCUUUACUGGUUCCUUAACGCUUCUUAUAGUUGUAUUUUGCGAAGUAAUUGCUGUUACAUAUGUAUAUGGAAUUGAAAGGUUCAGUGAGGAUAUUAAAUGGAUGACUGGAAGACGUCCAAAUAUAUAUUGGCAAGCAACAUGGAGAUUUAUUAGUCCAUUGCUAAUGGGAGCAAUGUUUUUGUCAUAUAUAGUUGUUCAAUUUAGGACACCUUUAACUUAUGAAACAUGGGAUCCUAGUUAUGAGGAAUUCCCUAUGAAGAAGGUAGAAGGUUAUCCAGGUUGGACUGUAGCCAUCUGUGUGUUGUUGGUAGCCAUACCAUCCAUGUGUAUUCCAUUAGUUGCACUGAUUCACUUUGUUAAAAUAAGGCUGACAAAGACACCAAGCUGUGAACCAAGGGAUCAUGCAAACAAUUUAAGUUAGAAAGAAAAAGUCUUGUUCUGUAU